GACCCUAGCUGGUUUCCUUGGACUUGACACUGUCGCCUGAAGGCUGAAGCACACACUCAUUUUCUACCUUUGAACCAUCGAAUGAUGACCUGUUGAGAAAAAGUCCGAUAGGACUAAGUGCUGGUCAGUGGCUGGCUGAUUUCGAGUGAGAUUCAGAACCAUUGAAAGAGACUGAGUGAGAGCCAGUCAGGUGGAACAGAAGAGCGAGAGGAACGGAACCAUGCCCGCCUUCACGAUGCUCAGCGGCAACAUCCAGACGCGGCGCGCCCGCAUCGCCGUCAUCGCCUUUCUCGUUAUCGUUUUCCUGCUUUUCUUCAACAACUCCCAUCUCGGCAGGGGAGGCGGCACCGCAUAUCUGGAUCCGGCGGAUGCUGGACGGCCGCCCGCAGCGGCCGACAAACCGACGCAGCAGCAGCCGCCGCCACCACACGGGAACCAGGACAAGGACGGCGAGAUUCCUGUUGCCCACGGCGAGCCCGACGCCGCGAGCGACAAGCUCAAGGCCGACGCCGAGGGCGGGGAUUCGUACCGCAACCAGGACGAGAAACUGGUCAAGCAGCCGCCGCCCACAAACGCCGGCGCCAACGGCAACCCCGGAGACGCCCCGAAGCCCAGCGACGCCGCGACGUCGAAGCCGCUGCCGCCGACGCCGCCCGCCGACUGCGAGUCCUUUGAGAACUGGAUGCGCAAGCGGCCCGGUCCAGCGUCCGAGGGCAAGCGCCAGUUCCCGCUCGUCCGGCCCCGUCCGGAAUGUCGUACUUUCCGCCUACCGGCCAUGGAAGCGCUCAUCGAGCGCAUGAAGGGCGUCAUCAAGGACCCGGACCUGCACCGGCUGUUCGAGAACGCGUACCCGAUGACGCUCGACAGCAUGGUCAAGUGGCGCGGCUUCGCCAACGAGACGGACGAGGCGACAGGUGAGACGCGCGUGACGGACCAGGAGCUCACGUACGUCAUCACGGGCGACAUCGACGCCCUCUGGCUCCGGGACAGCGCCGAGCAGAUCAGCCCGUACCUGUCGCUGCUCGAGGCGUCCGAGGACCAUGACUCCCUCGCGGGCCUGUGGCGCGGGCUCAUCAACGCGCACUCGAGGUACAUCGUCAUCUCGCCCUACUGCCACAGCUUCCAGCCGCCGCCCGAGAGCGGCAUCCCGCCGACCCACAACGGCGCCUACACGCACAACCACCCGAUGCCGCCCUACGACCCCCAAAAGGUUUUUGACUGCAAAUGGGAACUCGACUCGCUCGCCUCGUUCCUUAAAAUGUCUGUGGCGUACGCCGAGAAGACGGGCGACUGGCGGUUCUUCGGCAAGUACGGCUGGGUCGAUGCCGUCGAGGCGGCCGUCAACGCCGCCGGCGCCAUGCGCCUCGGCACCUACUCGGCCGAAGGCAAAGUCGAGAAGUCGGCCUGGACUUUUGUGGGUUGGACCAACAGGGGUUCAGAGACUUUGACUAAUGACGGGCUCGGUAACCCGAUCCGGGAGAAUGGCAUGGUGCGGACGGCGUUCCGGCCGUCGGACGACGCGUGCAUCUUCCAGUUCCUCGUGCCGGCCAACAUGAUGUGGGCCAAGUACCUCGAGUCGGCGUCCGAGAUCAUGGCACGUCUCGAGGGCGACCGGGCGCGCAACCUGACGACGGCGAUGCGCGAGCAGGCGCUCGGGAUCCGCCGGGGCAUCGAGCGGGAUGCCAUUGUCAACCGGCCCGGGUUCGGCGACAUCUUCGCGUACGAGGUGGACGGGUACGGCGGCGCUAACCUCAUGGACGACGCCAACGUGCCGUCGCUGCUGGCGAUGCCGUUGUGGAACUUUACCCAGACGAGCCUGGGGCCCGUCGAGGAUGAGAAGGACAAGAAGGCGACGAAGCACAACUACACCGAGGUGUACCGCAACACGCGCCGGUUCGUGCUCAGCGACGCCAAUUCGUACUUCAUGAAAGGCCCCGUCAUCUCGGCCGUCGGCGGGCCGCACGUCGGGCCGGGCAAGGCGUGGCCGAUGGCGGCUGUCAUCGCGGCCAUGACGGCGUACGACCCGAUCUCGGGCGUCGAGGACGUCGACGGAGAAGUCGGGGCCCAGAUGCGCAUGGUGCUGGACUCGACGGCAGGUACGGGGGUCCUGCACGAGAGCGUCAACAGCUGGAACGAGAAGGACUGGACGCGGGCGUGGUUCGGCUGGGCCAACGGCCUGUUUGGGGAGCUGAUUUUGCGGAUCGAAGAGGCGGAGAAGAAGAAGGGCGGCGGCGGUGGCUUGCUGGAGAAGAGCUGGCAGGACUCGCCUGCGUCGAGCACGGCGAGUUCUCCAAAGAUAUGAGCACUUCAGAGGGUUAGUAUGUACUAGAGUAUGUAUUAGAUGAUGUACAAGUAUAUGAAUAGAUUUUAACUAUGCCGGGGUAUAAGAGAGUGGUAAGGAUGGUUUUGGUUUCAGAGGACAUUCAUGUAGUAUUGAACUGACUGAAGAUGUAGCUAUUCGAAGCUGCGUUAGUUUGGGUUACCUGUGCCGUUGGUCUUAUUGUUGGACGAAGUUAUUCACAACCUGCCAGGUGAAAGCUGCCGGCCGAGGGGGGAACCAUAGUGAGGCAGUUGCAACCCAGAUUUCCUUCCUUCCUCCGUUCCUGC